AGUGUCCAGUUAUGUUGCUGUGGCGAACGCCGCUGGCAAAGCCUUCGUUCCUGCACGGUAUGUACCCGGGCAACGACGCAGGCGUCUUCAAGACAUUUUCAUUCUAAACUUAAAAUCAACCCAGUGCACAUGCUUUAUUUUUUUUUUAAAUGUUUACGUUGUUGACGGAAGAGUAAAAAUUCAAGUGAAAUACAGUGGGUGAAAAUUAUUGGUUUUACACUCACUCUGUGAAUAAUUCAGUAAUAUACACGCGCUUAGGGAGAUAUUUUCUCAUUUCUACUUUCAUUCAAUGACUCCUUGGAAUGUCGAAGAGAACUGUUUACAUCGGUAAUAAUUCUCGCUGGAAUUUGAAAUCAAGUGAAAAUUGUGGUACAGUUGUUGUAAAAUUGCAACGGGCGUUUGCAGAAUGAUAUUUCACGAUAGCCAUAAGUUGCGGAAAAUGGUAUCCAAGCACAACUAAAAGAGGACAAAGUUUCAUCCCAAGUGAACUCUACAAUAAGUUGAUGAUAUUUUCAAGCUAUUUGAAAAUUGCCAUGUAGUAAUCAAUGAGAAACCUGCGAUGAUUGGCUUUGUAAUUGACUCGAGUCAGAAUAAAGUCUGAAUAUUUACGCAGAGAGAUCCAAUCUGAAGGAAAAAUAAAGACUGAACAGAUCUGUGAGAAAAUAAUAGUCGAGAUGAAGACAAUGGGUGAUGUUGUGGCUGCUCCAGUGGAGGAGGACUCAGCUGAGGACUCCAAUUAUCAUAGCUCUGGUGGUAAAGAGUUGGGCCACAGAACCCUCAAAUCCUUGAAGAGAGGACUUGGAAAAUUGUGGAAAAGACACCAGGGCAAUGUUUCGAUAACUGAAUACGACCCUUCAUACAAGGUCGCAUAUCUCGGAAACGUACUCACAGGAUGGGCCAAAGGCGAGGGCUGCGUUGAGAAGCCAGUAUCAACCUUGUGGCGUAAUUACGUGAGCAGCAAUAGGCCGGACGUGACGAUGAGACUGACGGUGACGAAUGGGGGAUUGACGGCCACUACCAAGGAUCACGGACUCACCGAAUACUGGGCGCAUCGUGUUACAUACUGUACAGCACCAGUAUCCCAUCCACGUUUAUUUGUUUGGGUGUAUCGACACGAGGGUCGCAGACUCAGGCCAGAAUUGAGAUGUCACGCUGCUCUGUGCUCAAAGGAAUCUACCGCAAGAAGACUUGCCUCGACCUUGAAUGCUAGAUUACAACAGGCGUUACUUGAAUUCCGUAGGGACAAGGUUUCAAGGCAAAAUGCCAGACUCUCUCUUGCAAAUGCAGUCUACGAGAAUCCAUCGCUUCCGAGAAGGAAAAUAUUGCUCAGUACGGGGGGUCAGAAUUACAGGCCACCAUUGGAGAGAUCAAAGAGUGCACCAAAAUUAUCAGCCAUCGAGGAGGAUGCUGUUGCUGAGGAAAUUGAACAGAAACGAUUGCUCGAGGAGCUCAGGUCACUCGAGAAUGUAGCGCGAAGUUGGCAGGAUCAGGACGGCUGGAGAUUGGCCCGUCUUGUUGAUGCACUGAAUCGUGCCGGCGCCUCGAGCGAUUACUUGGACGAGAAUGGAAGUAUCUCGAGCGGAUGUGAAACAGCGAGCACAUCGAACAGUGAGGAAAGAGCAUCAGGGGCUGAUGAUAAUCAGGCGAUAGUGGAGAAUGACUCACGAAAUGGUAGGCGAGUACUAUUCGCCGGUGACGUUAUAAGGACAACAUCCGGCGUAGGACCUAGAAGAAAUUCCGAAGGUUCACCAAACUUCAUGACCUGCGCCGGAAGUCCACGAUUUCACUGCAUCAGAGGGACAAGAAAACGGUAUUCCUCCUGCAGGAGUGAAAUUGACGAAACUGAGGAGGACAUUGAGGAGGAAGAAAUUGAAUCUUCACAUGUAUUCGACUUUGAGGAUGCAGAGGUAUUUGAUGAGGUCGUUGACUACCGGCCUCGCGGUGAAAGUCCGUCGAGGAUAGAGAAUCCAGGGAGAAGACGAAUGGAUGUGAAAGGCGAAAAAUAUCCAACUAGAAUUGACCAAGGAGAUGAGUUGCUAGAGGGUGAGGAGUCCUUCCUCACACUCGAUUCGCUGGACGAAGAGGAGGCAGACAGUGAUGAGAGCGGAUACGUCGAGGCACCACCAAAUUCAUUGCUUGACAGGGGGGAAGUGAAAAAAACACUUUCCUCAGGUCACGCCGACGAGGGAACCGAUGAUGUCCCCCUGAAGCUCAAUCAAGAAUCUCCAGAAGUCAGUAAGCCGGAUGGCAAGGACAACGCUCAGGAGUCCGAUGAUAUAAAUCUUCAGAGAUGUCCGAAGGAUCGUGAAAAAGUAGAUUUCAUCAAAUGUCCAAUAUCAGAAACCAUCAAGAAACUUGCUAAUGCGUCACUGAGGAGCUCAAAGUCCCUUGAAAUGUCAACAAAUUCGUGCUUGAAAGCUCUCAAUACGCUCAAGUCGAAGUCUUUUGAUGAUACGAGAGCCACAGGCAUUGAUUAUGACGGUGAAUCACCGAGUCUGCAUCAGAGGAAACAACUGCUCGCACAACAGGGGGUCAGAGUUUGAUUUUUCAUGUAGUUGAUCAGCUUAAUCGAGUGAAUUAAUUGACGAGAUUUUAGAGUUCAAUGUCUAUUAUACUCGGAAGAUCUUGCUCUAUGAUUGCCCUCGAGGGGGAGACAACUAGUCCGCUUCGAUAUCUAUCUGUCGACUCGGUAAAAUAAGAUUUUUCCUUUACAAUAGAGUAUAGAAGGACCAAUCUGCAUUGAUGUCGUCUGAUAUGGAUUUUCAUCAAUAUCAGUGUUAGUGUCUAUAUUCGAUGGAAAGAGAAACGGUAAUUUUCGAUGAAUGUGGAGUAUAUUAGGCCAAAGCUUUUGGCAACUAUAUAUUUAUCGGUAAGAAGGAAUUAUAAUAAUUGUUUUUUUAUAAUUGAUGGAAAAAAGGGAAUUUGUGAUGUUAUUUAAAUGAACAUUCAUUCUAGAUGUGUAAUGUAGACAAGCAAUGUGUACGAUAUAUGUUGGGAGAUCUUUGAAUUAUUGAAAAUAUUAAAUUGAUAAAUAUUCAUUAUUCUCCGAUAGACAAUGGUGUUGUAUUAUCAUAAUGGAUGGUUGCUAGUUUGUCGGUCCAUUUCGUGAACGCUCUCUCGGUGAACUCGAUUUAGGCACUUCAAUUGUGGAAUUGAGCAAUGGACAAUUGGUCUCUUUCACGGAAUAAUUUAUUGUACAAAUUACUCGCUGCGAAUUUGAAAAAUCUGUGAAAUUAUCUCUAACCGUGCACAUUGAAUUGCCAUUUCUCUCUUUGAGAAUGAAUAAUCAGUACCUAAAACAUUCGCAAUUAUAGGGUCAAUUGUUUGUUGAAAUUCAGUGAAGAUAUUUUUAUGGUUUUGAGUGAAAAUUUCAAUGAGCAAAUUUAGUGGAUUCUCCCAGAUCGAAUCUAAAAUACUUGUACUGCAAUUAAAAACCAGAUCAGAAUUAUAUUAGAAAUAUUUUACGUUAAAAA